AUCAUUAUACUCUCUCAACUCCCAAAGGUCAUAACCUUUUAACCUCUAUUUUUCCCAAAACUGUCUCUUCAAGAUUUUCUCCACCUUUUUCGUUUCCCUCAAUCUCUGAAAUCCCCAUUUCUUCCCAAAGACAUCAAACCAACACCCAAACCCUAAUUUCAGCAUGAAGCCCACAUACACCCAAGGUCUUUUCAAGUCAAGUUCUCACAAAAAUGCCACGUCAGUGGUAGACUACUAUGAUGAUGACAUGUAUGAUGAAGAAGCCUUCAUCAAUAGCAAUACCAAUCAUCGAUUUGAUGAUUAUUUAUUAGGGAUGAACAUGCGUUCAAAACAAGGCUUCAUUUUUGACAUGCAUGCUGAAAAUCUAGGUCUCCCAUGUGAUAUGGAGAAGUUAAUUGAAAGCAUGAAGUGUACCAGAUUCUGUCAGCAACCAUAACCCUAUAAUACUCAGAUUGUGAAGGUGAUUUAUACAAAUCUGGUUGAUACUACCAAUAAGAAAGCUGAGGUGGUGGUUAGAGGUGUGAAAGUAUCUUACUUUGAAGGAACCAUUAACAUGAUGUUCAAGUCAGGACCUGUCGAAGACCGGUAUCAUGAACUUUUGGUAGCAUUUGAUGAUGCUGAUUAUAAUGUGUAUAUCGAAUCUCUGUUCAACCCAGACAUUAAGUGGGUAGAAACUGGAGGAGAGAAAAUUGUGAAAAGGAUGGACUUGAGAUCAGAAUCCAAGGUCUGGUACCAAUUUAUCAAGCAUUCACUUAGACCAACAACUCAUAAUGAAACUAUCAAUAAAGCAAGGUUAGUUUUGCUUCAUCGGAUUACUUGUGGAGAAGGCAUAAAUGUAGGAAAGAUUAUUCUGCAAGAGAUUCAAGAAAUAGAUGAUGUACUUCCCCUAUUUGAUUUCCACUCUCUAUGAGAGGCAUGAUGUCCCUCAAAAGGCUACUUAUGAGGCCACCCUCAGGCUUUCUUUGAUAAGGCUGCUAUCCAAACACUAAUGAAACCAAAAGGCAGGAGAAGGAAACCAGAGGCAAGACAAGACUCAGCAGAUGGUGAAGCAAGUUUUGAGACAUACCAGAUUUUGUGGAAGGUGUUGCUGCAGAUGCAAAAGGACCAGAGGGAUUUAUAUAAAUUUUCAAAGGGAAAGUUUGAAUGGGAGAAAAAAUUGAAUUAGUGGAACUACAAUGAUGAAGUUGUGCCAGUUUUUCUAGAUCGUAUUAUGAGAGAACUUGAAGAAAAAAUGAUCAACCCUAGAAAAAGGAGAAAGUGAAGGGAAAAAAGAAGCAGAUAAAGACUGUGUUCUCUGGUGCGCCAGGAGCAUCUAACUCUGGAAUACCCAAGGAGGAUACCACAAAGAAGCCUAAAAAGAAGGCCAUAAAGAGUAAGAACCCUAAACAAGUGAAGACCACUGGUGUGUUUGAAAAGGACAUUGUUAAAAACAAUGAACAUAAAGAGAAAAAUGAUGUCGAGGGAAGUUCUGAUGAGGAUAGAAUAACAUUGAAGGAGUUGUUAACCCAAGAUGCUAUAGACAAGAAGUAGAUGAUGGAUCAUGCACCUGAAAGGGUUCAAGGUAAAAAUAUUUUUGAAGAAGAAAAUGUCAGUAUUGAUGAAGAUGAGGAGCAGACUGAUAAAGAGCAAGAUGAAGAAAAGGAGGAGGAAAAGAUUGAUGACAAUCCUGGUAGUGAGAAAGAUGGCAAGGAGGAGGCUGGAAAUGGAUUGAAUAUCAAUAAGGAAAAUGAAGCAAUUGCCGAGGAAGAAGGAAAAGCUGAUGAGGAAGAGAUAAAUUCGGCUACAAACUUACACAAAUCUAAGUCUGCAGUAGAAUCUGAAGAAGACAUAUGCGUUGAACUAACACUUGUUGUCACUCAUGAGAAGGUGAAGAAGCCAAUGAAUCCCAACAAGCCUUCCCCAACAAAAGUGGCUCAUUCUAAGCCAAAAUCCCCCUCCAAGAAAGCUGCAUCCAAGCCAUUGAAGGUGACUGCAACUGCCACAAUGAAAGCUACCUCUGAGGCACUCAAGACUUCAAGGAAAGAACCCAUGUAAGAGCCUUCUCAGAAGGAGGCUAGGAAAAAGAAGAAGGAAGACAAAGCUUUAAGGAAGAGCAUCGGCUUAAUGCCUAACUGGUUAACUCUGUCAAGCUAAGGCAUCACUAGAGUGGUCAGCAGUUGGGAGCGUAAACUGGAACAAAAAGAUGAACUCAACCAAAGAGGAAAAAUGGAGAAAGCAACUGAGUUCAUAGGGAAGUACUGAAGGAUUGAUGUAUUAGAGGGAAUCUCUGCUCUGUAUGGAAGAAAAUUCAUGUGAAACAAGUGGAUAAGAUCAAGGGGACUAAAAGAUAAAGUUGGUACAAUAGUACAACCACCAUUUUACGUGCUCUGCAAGAAAGCACAACGUAGCCUGCACCCUGUUGUGGCAUUCUGUCUCAAGACGCCUUGUCUCCUACAAAUGUUUCCUUGUACAUGAUUCCUUACUUGCUAAGCAAAUGGAAUGAUGUGAAGGCGUUGAUUCAUGUAUGUGCUUGAUUUGAUUUCCUUAUUUUUGGCCCAUGAUCCAAGACAUCACAAGAAAUCCUAGUGAAAGCUUAUAAAUAGAUCCUGCUGAAGAUUGAGAAAAUAGUUCAACAUUAUUUCACAAUACAAUACAAAAGAUAACAGUGUGAGGUCAGUGGAGAGAAAAGAGGGAGUUUCUUCUUCUCACCAUUUCUUGUACCAGCUGCUGAGCCCUGGCGCAACUGAAGUCAUUUCUUGCUGAUUAUCCAUCUUAA